AUGGACCGGGCAAGCGACUAUGUCACGGCCUUGAUCUUCGACGGUGAAACAUGCCACCAGCUGAUCAAACAAUGUGUGCAUGGGAACUUGGACAGAGUUUCACGGUUGAAACUGGCUGAGCUUGUGUAUUUCAAGGACGUGCAGUAUUCAGAGAUCCCUGGAACUGACUUGUUGCCCCGAUGCCCAAUGAAGAUCUGCAAGGUCAAAGGCCAGCCAUUGUUUGCAAUCACAGGACCAGCUCAUUCCGUAAAAAAUGCAGCAUCUCAGCUCAUGAGUGCAACCAAAGUGCUGUACUAUGGGAACUUUGCCGCCGACCCAACACCGAUGCUGGAGCAUGACCUACCGCUUCCUGCGUAUGUGAGGAAAGAUGCAAUGUCGGACAGGUUUGCUGUUCUCCUCACUGAGGAGACCUCCACGAGUGUGUCCAUCGCAGACAAUAUGAAAGGCAUGCUUUUGUGGAACAUCACUUCAGCAUUGUGUGUGGCGCCCUUGGUUCACUCCAAGAUGACUCUAGAGGACAGGGCCGAAUGCGCCAUCUCCGGAUUCGUUCUCCAGGACCUUUGGUCGAUGAUUGCGACUCAACGUGAAAAGAGUUUCAGGAUGCAGUCACUGACGCAAAAGGCCAUUGCAGCUGCGAUCCACUUGGUUUCUCGUUGCAGUGACUAUCCAGUGCAAAAGCUUGAGCAGAUGUACCACGUACAAUGUGCCAGUGCAGCCUUUGAUGACAUGGAGAAAGAAGGUGAGGAUGAGCAGUUGGAGAAUGGGGGCGACCAGGAGCACGAAGCUGAGGAUGCAGAUGCUGUGAAGCCAAUCCUGGAUGAAAUCAUGAAGGUUGCAGCUGAGGAGACCGCUGACAACAACAAAGAAAGUGAAGAGAAUGAGCCUGCGGAUCGUGACCCAGACUGCGCUUUGCCGGACAGUGAGGAGCUUAUUGCAUUGACCUCUUCAUGUCCUGAGCCAGCAAACAAUGCUGUAUUGGAUGGUGCAAAGACCUUUCCCAAGAACCUCCGCGAAGCUGUGGCAGAUUCGCAGGGCCUGUGGAUUGGCAACGUUGUUGUCUUGAACAGAGCGCACGGGGAGCCACUGGUUGCUGCCUUGAUUUUGACAUUGUGGCCGCAUGGCAAGAAGCCAAAUCCAUGUGCUCAGGAGGAUGUCACUGGCAAGAAGAUCUUGCUGUCUUCCGAGUCUGUGGAGGCUUUUGCAAGGCUGUCUGCCCAAGACUUUGAGGAGCCUGUGGAAAAUAAGAAGAGGAAGAGCGAAACGCAGCAGGUGACUUUCGCACAUGCAAAGGCGCAGCUGAAAAGGGCAGGGCGGAUUGGGACAAGCAAGAAGAAGGUCUUGCAGGAGCUUGAUGUCCAGGCUUGCGACAUCAAGCGCAGUGAUGCUGGCCGCAAAGCAAUCCGCAGGAUCCUUCUCCGUGUAGCAGAGCUGGACUUGGUGCACUGGACAUGCACAUUGAAAAAGUGUUCUGAGAUCACCUGGGACAACUUUAUCAAGAAUAUUCCGUUCUUCUUCCAGUUCAAGUACUUCGGCUUGAGGAAUUCGCACCAAUAUGGACAACGUGUCGGAUCUGAUUUGCAGGCCAUUAUGAAGGCUUUGAAAGCCAAACCUCCGAACAGGAAGCCAUACCAGAGCCUCAUCCAGGAGUUUGUGGAAUCCAAAGUGGGAGGCCAUGAAGCGCAGCUGCAGGCUGAAGCAGCCCUGGAGGCCCUCAAGCGUGAGCACGAGGAGGUCUUAAGGGCCCGAGACGCGGAGCACGAGAAGCAGCGACGGCACUUGGAAUCCUUGCAGGAGAACGGGGGGGUUGUCCAACUUGCUGAAAGGGUUCAGAACUCACCCUGCGAACGACUUGACGAACCUCGAGUGAGCAUCUUCGAAUUCUCGAGAGGCGUAGCUCUCCUUCUCUUCAUAGUCGGACAAGCAGAGGAGCAGUGUCUCUUGCAGACGCGAGCGGGGCCCUCCGAGCUCCCGGCACAUGUAGGGCCAACGCGCAUCCCGUGCAUCAUCCAUCAAACCUGGAAGAAGCAUCAGCUCCUGGGAAAACAGCAUCGCUGGGUGGGUUCCUGGAAGUCCCUGAACCCCAGCUGCGAGCACCGCCUUUGGAACGACACCGAGAUCGCCUUGCUGGCCAAGACGAAGUCACCCAAGGUCAUCUGGCCCAUUUGGGAUGGCCUUACCCCCAUUGAGAAGACCGAUGUGUUCCGCUACCUGGUCCUCUACGAAUACGGUGGCUACUACUCGGACAUCGAUGUGACAUCCAUGAAGCCCAUCGCAGAAUACCCCGUCCCAAAGGAUGCCAGUAUGAUCGUCGGCUAUGAAUUCGGGCACCGCUUCCCUGAGGAUGCGCGCAUUGAGAACACCCUAGCGCGUACGGAGCAGUUUGAGCAGUGGUUCCUGGCUUCUGCACCCAAGAGCCCGAUGUUGAAGAGGUGUUUGGAGAUGAUCCGGGAGAAGUUCCGAUGGAAGAUCCAGAGUACCUUAGACCUCACUGGCCCUGGAACCUUCAGCGAUGCCGUCCACGAGUUCCUGGAAGAUCACUCCCCACACGAGGCGGUGCUGAAGGAGAUCUCCUUCCGACAGAGCCAGGUGAGUUACCAAAAGGGCUGGCAUUACCUGAGCUAUCCCUCUGAAAGGAUGUAUGGGACUGGCGAUUGGAAGAUCUGGCUACUGGCUGCAGGUCGAGUUAAUGCGGUCCCGCGGAUCAAGGAGGAGGAUCCAGAUGAGGCAUUAGAGCCGUUGUUGGUUCAUCACUUCAUUGGCACUUGGAAGCCAGCACAUGGGAUUUCCCAUCACUAG